AUGGACCCACUGCGGGAUCCUCUGCACGACUCGGCCUUGGACGAGGCUCUGGCCGACACUGGCCCGGUGACCGCCUCGACUACGGCGGAAGCAGCCACGGGUGAGACGAGUGGUGGAGCUGCAGCUGAUGCUGGGGAAGAUGAGGCCUCUGAUGCGGGGUCGGCCUUGUCAACCUUGACGGCAGCACUGGCCGAGGCUGACCGGAGUCCCAGCCCUGACCGACGAGGACCUGGACCAUACGGCCCACCGCCGGCUGUUCCGAUGAGCCAUCCCUUGGCCAGGCUGUACAUUCCGGGCUUCGAAUCUGCGCGACCUCCAGCCUUGCCACAUGGUCCCCUAGGGGCUGCACAUAGGCAGCAACAGGCUACAUCGACUCCUGCAGGUUCCUCCUCGAGUGCCAGAGGUCCACCCACGACUCCGCACAUGCCAGGAGAACCGGAUGAUCCUCAUUGGCAGAGGGUCAUGGCGGUCAAUGUGCUGAACACCCUGCAACACACAGGCCCGGCGUUUGUUCAUGCCCCCACCUUGGCCACCGUGAAGUCCUGGAGCUCCUUGCGGAUCAUCCUUGAGGAGGCUACGGAGAUGGACGAGGUUUGCUGUCAGAGAGUUGACCCGCAAGACCUCAAUAAUCCUCUGCACAUGGGCGGUCUCUCCGGGGCGGGAGAGGAUGCUGGCACUGGACACGACGAUGAUGAGGAUGGCCCAGCCGCCGAGGAGGGGGAAGAGGAGUCAGACCACUCCCCGGACGACGACCAGGAUGAGGCACCAGAUGAGUAUGGCCCGGCAGGCCCCACCCGAGCAUCCGAUGCAGGGACUACGGCUACCCCGGGGCGUGCAGCAUCCGACGGCUUGGCGGACCCCAUGGAUGCCUUGAUGGGGCCAGCCCCAGGAGACCCGCUGCACAUGAUCCAUCCGGUCACAGACGCCACGGCAUCCGAGAACCCUUUUUCAACGAGGCCUGGAGAUUGGGUCUAUGAAGCCGACGACGUGUCCUUUAAUCUAAGUGCGGCUCAUCGCUGUUUGGAGGAGACCCGGCGCACUGUUGCAGCCCUACGCGAAGGCCAGACUCGGACACGGCAGACAG